ACGGGAGCUCACCCCGUCGUGGGGAUUCGAACCGCCGACCUUCUGAUCAGCAAGUCCUAGGUUCUGUGGUUUAACCCACAGCGCCACCCAAAUGAUUACUGUUCAAUAAAGUCAUAGUAAUUCAUAGUUUUGCCAGGAUACUUCCUAAUCACCAGGAGCCUUACUCCACAACAGCAGCAAAAUGAAUUAAUUGAUGGCUUGGUAACUACAUUGGUAUGUCACCAGGGGAGUCCACAACUUCCCAAGGAAGACUGUUCUAAUGUUGAACAGCUCUUAAUGUCAGAAAGUUUUUCUUGAUGUUUAGUCGGAAAUCUCCUUUCAUGUAACUUGAAGCCAUUGAUUUGAGUUUACCCUCCUGGUGAUAUUAUACCAGUUACCUGUCAUCUGCACUAACUGAAAGUCUGUUUCUGGGGCCAAUGUCUGAUACUUAAUCAAACUCCAUUGAAGCAGAAUUUGUUUUUUCUGUAAAUGGUUGCUGUUUGUAUUAUUUUGGAACAAUAAACUAAUUUUCAUCAUUUCUCUAUAUGAUAACUCAUGGCUCUCUAUAUAUUAUAACUUAAUGGGUGUGUUUUUGUAUUUUUCUGUAAUGUAAAUAAAAUGUAAUGCCCUCCCCCGAAAGAUGGGGAUGUUAAGAUCUGAGGCAUCCUAUCUCCUGGCCAGACACCAUUGUCUGUUCAUCAGCACCUAGAUACAAGCACCAUGGCUACUGCUACAUACCUAAUCACACAUUUCCAUCCAUUUGUGAACAGGGCUGCAUGAACUACAGAGAUGGUCAACUUCAGCGCCUGCCAAGUUAACAUAACCCAAAGAAGCAGAUAAUGGCUAUCAGAAGCAGGAAAUUCCAGGACUUUGUAUCUGAGCCUAUGGGUGACAAACCUAUUAUAGUAGUUGAUGGCAUAAAUGAGGAGCUUGGAGCAAAGCUAGCGGCAAAGGGCUUUGACAAGGCGUACAUCCUCCUGGGCCAGUUCCUCCUCUUGAAGAAGGAAUGUGCUACAUUUCAAAAGUGGCUGAAGUUGUCCUAUGGAGCCAGCAGCUACCAGGCUGAGCGCUGCGCCCUCUGUCUCUUGGAGUGGUGCCUCACAUUCCUGUAGGAUCACAGGGAUCCUCCACGCCCCAAACACACACACACCUCAAAACAACAACCUGUUCCCCCUCACAGACCUGAAACCAAGGAUUUCUUGCAGUCAUGAUGUUAUUAAACCAAUGAAGCAUUUAUCUAUC